CCUCGCUACUGCUACCGACAACUUAGCUUGUCUUUAUCCAUAAUUCAUGCAUUUCACACUCAUUCAAACUCUUUUUCUUUAUCAUAUCUAUAAAAUACACUUGUUCUCAUUCAUUCACAUCUCAAACAGACUAACACAAAACCUAAUAUCCAUUCUCUCAUCUCUACAGCAAAGAAAAUACACACAACUUCAUCAAAUUGAUCAAAGAUUGAACUAAAAAUGGAAGGAUGUGUUGCAUAUGAUAAUCAUCUCAAUCUCAAGGCAACGGAGCUCAGAUUAGGGUUACCAGGCACAGAAAUGAACGAGGAACAAUCAGUUUCUUGUGCAAGAAGUAACAAGAGGCCAUUGCCGGAGAUGACCAGAGACGAGACCGCAACAAACUCGAAAUCUGAUAACGAUUACACAGAAACCGCCCCUGCUCCCAAAGCUCAAAUAGUUGGAUGGCCUCCGAUCAGAUCCUACCGGAAAAACAGCCUUCAGAUGAACAAGAUGGAGGCUGAGUCAUCUGGUAUGUAUGUGAAAGUAAGCAUGGAUGGCGCUCCAUACCUUAGAAAGAUUGACCUCAAGGUUUACGACGGCUAUCCGGAGCUUCUAAAGGCUUUAGAGAACAUGUUUAGGUUCAGCGUCGGCCAAUACUCCGAAAGAGAAGGCUAUAAGGGAUCUGAAUAUGUACCCACUUAUGAAGAUAAAGAUGGUGACUGGAUGCUUGUCGGAGAUGUUCCUUGGGAUAUGUUUAUGUCAUCCUGUAAGAGGUUGAGAAUCAUGAAAGGAUCAGAAGCAAGAGGUUUGGGCUGUGGAGUAUGAAAAAUCCUGCUAACCAUGCACAAGCCACACAGCAGCAUCACUCAAAGGAGCAGGGAGAAAAAGGCAAAGAGUUCUGUCUUUGAUGAAGAACAAAUUUCUCAGCUUGUGUUCUUCAAGCUGAAAAAUAUUCAAUCCGAAUCUUCGACACCGGAAGUUUAGACCGGAAACAGAAAGAAUUAAGAAUGGUUUUUGGUGGUUUGGACAUCUAUGUAUGGUGUCAUUUUGUUGGUCGUCCUUGUAUGUAAUGUCAUCAAGCCAAAACUGCAUAACUUGAAGAUCUUCCUUCAAGUUCAUUUGUGUAAACGAAAAACAGAAAGAAAAGGAAAUUAAAGAUAGGAUUUUCCAAGUUUUGAAUUUGUGGUAUUAUUCUCUAUACAAAAUUAUACAAGUAAUAUAUUAAAGGUGUGGUUAAAUUAA